AUGGGGCGUGAGGACGGAAUCAUGUUGAACGUUCAACACUCCACGCCGGAGAAGACGCCCUCUAUGGAUGGUGCCUCCUCCAAGAGGGCAGGGCCCCAUUGUCCGGCGGCCAGUAUCAUUGGGUGUCAGAAUUCGCACACCCCCAGUUCACAGGCCCUGUUAAGUUACAUAACUGGCUGGAUUUGUGUGUUGGGGUGGCAUACCGGUAUCGCAGGAUGCUGCUAUACAGUGGCUAACAUGAUGGUUGGUGUGAUUUCCAUAAACUACCCUGAUACGUAUACCUAUGAGCCAUGGCACGUCACACUGCUCGUCAUUGCGGUGGCCCUGGUAGCCUUGAUGUUUAACACAUUCCUGGCCCAGAAGCUCCCCUUGAUCGAAGGUAUUAUCUUGAUUGUUCACUGCUUCGGUUUCUUUGGAAUUUUGAUCCCACUUUGGGUGUUGUCCCCUAAGGUUCCUGCUUCCGAGGUAUUUGGGCUGGUUGGACCCAUAUAUGCAUUGAUUGGCCCCGACUCAGCGGUUCAUAUGGCGGAGGAAAUCCGAGAUGCAUCCCGGGUGCUCCCCAUGGGCAUGCUUUGGACACUGAUUCUCAAUGGGUCUACUGGAUUUGUCAUGAUAGUCACGUUUGCGUUCUGCGUGGGCGACGUUGAUGAAGUGCUCGGGUCGGAAACAGGCUUCCCCUUCAUUCAGGUCUUUCUCAAUGCUACGGGAUCGGUCAGCGCCACGACAGGCAUGACAGUGGUGAUUAUGAUCAUGCAAUUUUGCGCAGCAAUCAGUAAUGUUGCCACAACCUCCCGUCAAAUCUACUCUUUUGCCCGAGACAAGGGUCUUCCUUUUUCCGAUUUCUUGGCAAAGGUUAACCCGACCUUCACCGUUCCACUAAAUGCCCUUUGCGUCAGUCUCAUUAUUGUCUCUCUCCUCUCCCUGAUCAACAUUGGGUCUUCUGUGGCUUUCAACGCCAUUAUGUCCCUUGGUACAGCCGCCCUUCUCUCCUCCUAUAUUAUUUCCAUUACCUGUGUUCGUCUCCGACGCUGGCGCAAUCAGCCCCUACCACCUGCACGUUGGAGCAUGGGCAAGUUUACCCCCAUCUGUGACACCAUUUCUAUCAUGGUUUUGGUGGUGAUUUGGGUCUUUAGUUUCUUCCCCCUGACCAAGGAGGUAGAUCCCACUACCAUGAAUUGGAGUGUGGUUAUCUUUGGGGGUGUUGUUGUCCUUUCACUCGGUUAUUAUGUGAUUUAUGCUCGAAAAGUCUAUCAAGGUCCAGUGACGCGGGUGAAGAUGAUGCAACAAUGA